AUGCAUACCUCGUACCUCUCUUUGGCGGUGUUCGCCCUCGCCGCAGUUGCUGCACCUUCGAUGUCCAAGCCCAACAGUGAUCCCUUCGCCAAUAGCUUUCCCUUCAUCACUUCCGGCAGCUCUAGUGUCACCGACGGUGAUGACGAUGGCAUGAGUAACUCUAUUCCCUCCUAUAUGGAGGCUAUGGAGGCUGUUGAGUCUGCUCGCGGAGGCUCGUACAACACACCUCAGCCAACUAGCCAUGCUGCUCCUCAGAUGCUGCAGGUUCCUUCUCCGGCAGCCAAGCCGGAGCCGCAGCCGGAAGCUCAGCAAGCUGCGCCCAAGCCGGAGCCAGCCAAGAUCCCUGCACCUGCUGCUAAUGUCCCUAAGGUCCAGACCAAGCCUGAGACCAAGGAGACUGUUCCUCUCGCAGAUGCUGUUGAGAACCCGGUCAAGGAAGCCAUUCCUGCGAUCCUGGCUGCUCCUGUUGCCGCUCUGUCCAAGUCUUCUCCCCACGCCAAGACCGAUAUUGUGUCUUCCGUUAUCGCUGAGGCUAUGGGCCAAACCAGCCCUGAGGCUGAUCCUACCGAGGACGUUCCCGAGCUCACUCAGGCUCCUGUGACUAUUGAGCCUGUGCUUCCUUCUCAAGUUGCCAUGUCCUCUCCAUCGGUCCACUCUUCUAAGGCUGAGCCCAAGGCUAUUGCGGCUACUUCUAGCUCCAUGGUUGUCCCCAAGCCGACUUCCAGCUCCAUGGCUACCCCCAGCGCCAUGGCUGACCCUGAACUGGCUUCUACCCCCAUGGCUGCGUCGAGCUCCCCCACUGGCCCGACUCCCACUUCUACCAUGAGCAGCUUCAUUUCCAAGGCUUCUCCCUCGCCUACCCAUCGGCCCCUGGACUCUACUAGCGUUCACGAGGACCCUGUCUCGUCCAGCGAGCUCAAUGCCUCUCCUUCAAGCUCCGGUAGCGUCUCUGCCAGCGCUACUCCUUCAGCCAAGGCAGGACUUCUUGGCCUUGGAGGGGUUGUCGACCAUGUGCCCAUGGUUGGUUCCAUGCUUGGCCCUCUCAUCGGUGGCUGA